GUUGAAAAGCGGCACAGGUGUCCGCACUACGACCAUCAUUGUGUGUGUGUGUGCUGCUAUCGUGCGUGAGGUGACGGUGCGCUGCGAAAUCAUGCGAUUCGGACGACGCAGGGCAAUCGAAUACGUAGGAACCGAAGGCUUUAUUGAUACACCGAAGAAAGGACAUUACAGAGUGAAAGUUCGUCUGCUCGAUGAUACGGAGCUCAGCCAUGAUUUCUCGAGGAAGACGAAGGGUCAGGUGGUGAUGGACCACGUCUUCUGGACGCUCGAUUUGGACGAGAGGGACUACUUCGGGCUGUCGUUUCAGAACGAGCAGGAAGAGAAGCAAUGGUUGGAUCCGACAAAGACAUUGAGGAAACAGCUGAAUCGACCGCACUACUUGGAGUUCUGCGUCAAGUUCUACGUGCCCGAUCCGGCCAAGCUGCGCGAAGAGUUGACGCGCUAUUUAUUUUUCCUGCAAGUCAAGCGCGAUCUGCUAGUGGGCAAGUUGGAGGCUCCACUCCGUAUUUGCGCCGAGCUUUUUUCUCUUGCUGUUCAAUCUGAGUUGGGAGAUUAUGAUCCUGCUGUUCACGAUCCCGGAUAUGUUUCAGAGUUUCGGUUUCUGCCCAGUCAGUCAGUAGAAUUGGAGGAGGAAAUCGAGCAGGUGCAUAAAACUACACUGAUAGGUCAGACUCCAGCUGCAGCGGAAUUGAGCUUUCUCCACAAAGCCAAGUGGCUGGACAUGUAUGGAGUGGAAUUGCACCCAGUCAUGGGUAUGGACAAGGUUUCUAUGCAGCUUGGAUUGACGCCAGUAGGAAUUAUUGUCUUGCAAAACAAAGUGAAAGUCGGAUCAUUCAUGUGGUCCAGGAUCAGUAACAUCAGUUUCAAGAGGAAGAGAUUCACCGUCAGCGUUGAAGGCAGAACGCCCGGUCAGCAGGAUGCUGUGUUCGCCUUUCUGUUGCCGUCAUCUCGAAGCUGUAAACAGUUGUGGAAGUCGACCGUCGAGCAGCACAGUUUCUUUCGUCUGAUGGAAGCGACUGACAAAAAACCCAGACGGCUCAGCUUUCUUCGACGAGGCUCGAAGUACAGAUUCAGCGGUCGUACUCAAUGGCAGACAGAGAAGGGUACUAAACGUCAACGACCGGAGCCGAAAUUCCAACGGACUCCAAGUAGACGGUAUGCUCGACGUUCGUUUAGUGGGCGUGGAACCGAGAGGCAUAAUGCGAAUGCCGAUCCUAUGUUCAUGAGAGCGACGUCGGUUCGUGUGCCACGCACGACAGACAGCGGUAGACCAUUUGUUCAGAUGAAUUCGACGUCAGUGAGCCAACUCAGUCACGGGAUUGUUCCACUGUCACUGAAUCAGAGGCGAGGCAAUAAUGUUUCAGCUGCCAGGACUGUUGCUGUUUCUCAAAUGACUCAUGGCGAUGUACUCCCAAUGAGAUCUGCGUCGCACGACGAGCUCGAACGUGACAUUCAGCGGCUUGGGCAGAGGUCGGUUGAUCGAUCCGCUUCCUACCAGUUUGAUCACCAAGAGAGCAGAAGGCAGUAUGGAUCGUCGGUGUCCGUACGAAGUGGCUCAGCUGAUCAUCACAUCAUUCCAGCAUUACGGUCUGCUUCGAAUCAUAGUGCGUCUCGUGUGCACGGACUUUUGCCUGAGCCUGAGUUUCCGACUUGCGUGUCGACUGAAAACAUUCCGACGGACGAUGAACCACCACCCGCGUAUACACCGUAUCCUAUUGUUACAACACCGGCGUCUAGUGGUUCUCUUAGACAGAAUCCGUCGUAUCUGGUGAACUGUCCUCCUGCUCCUCUAAUACCAGCCCCGGCACCGCCAGUUCGUGGUCCUUCUCCGUGUGCACAAAACAUGCAGAGGGUGAGAGGGGCGUCUCAACCAAGCGAUGUUAGAGUUCACGAUGUGUCGCAGAGCGUUGAAACGCUGACAGUUAGAAUCAGUGAAGCACCAUCUAGAGUGGAACAGACGUCUGAGACUGUUGAGCGUCCGCGACUGAUUACAGAGAGUAUGCAGAAUCAGUCGGAGGAGGCAAGAGAGGAAACCGAACAUCAGCAAUUGCAACAGCAGCAGCAGCAUCACCAGGUAGAGUCGGUGGUUAGUGGUCACAGACAAGAACGUGAGCAACAAGCACAAAUGUCAGACGAAAGAACGGAACACAAGCAUCAGCAGCAGCAUGAGCACCAACACGAAUCUCGUGAGAUGAGUGAAAACACUUUGAGCCUACAGAUAGAACAACAACAGCCAGACUCGUCAUCGACUGCCAUGGCUGUAGAAAUCAGGCAAUCGAGGCAGGCACCAAAAAGACCGACUGCUACAGAUCAAACGAAAGAAAGAGAAGAAGGAUCAUCAGUCUCAAGACAUACUAAUGAAUGCUUUGGUGCUUCAAACGAGCCAAACGUUAGAGCAGCAAUGGUGGAACACCAACAAGACCGAUUAGGUUUUUCCAACGAAGAUAAAAAUAGUGAAGACGAAGUCAGUAGUCAUCGACUGCGUCUACGAAAAUUGUUGCAACUAGAGGCUGUGGUGCAAUCUCAAAGCGGUGACGAGGAUUUACAGAACACUUCGAGAAACGAGGUAUUGCCGGUUGUUAUGAUUGACGAUGACCUGCCACCUCCGCCGUCACCCAUUCACAUGACGAGCAGCAUGGAACAUCUCCUUCUCAGUGCAGAUAUGGAAUCGGAGUUGUCCACACCAGGAAUGCUGACGCCGGGUCUGUCUCCUAUCCCGGUGAGAAGAUCACCGAUUCCAUUGCGAUUCGGACUCGAGGGGACUUCGAGUCGUACCAGUAGCGAAUGGUCUCUUCCACCCUUACCCGACAACUACGGCCAGGAAAUGAUUAGUGAAACCUGGCUAGACAUGGAGCUUCCUCCUCCACCCGACCACCUGCGUUCAAGAUCUCGAUCGCCACAAUCUGAUCAGAGCAGAGGGAUGUGGGAAAACAUUCAACAACACGAUGAGACAGAGAAGCCUGGUGCCAAGAAUAGUUCUCUCCACGCGAUGUCAUCGUCGACCGGUCAUAGUUUUGAGCCACCUUUGUCAUCAUCAUCACCGCCAUCUCGACCGCCUAGAGAUGAAGAAUUAGACAGUGAAGCCAGCAAAGGAACUACUCCCGUGGAAGUGUCUCGUUUGAUGGCCAGGGUUCAAGGUUCGUUGUCGACGUCAAUUAAGAGUGACCAAGAUGAUGAUCGAGUUGCUCACCUGAAUGAAAUAGAUAACAGCGAAGCAAAGCAGAAUCCGUAUUAUGACAUUGAGGUGGAUAUACCGGGAAUAGAGAAUGUUGUGUCACCGUUAAGCGAGCUGGAUAGCUACGAGGCUAGUAUGAAGAUCAUCCAGAGUGGGUAUAGUAGCGAUCGACAGGAGAGUUAUCAUCAGUUUUACGAUCGUCGGGAUACGAAGAGAGGCCUGCCUUUGGGUCAUCGUUCCGAUUCGCGACUUCAAAGUCGCCUGGAUCGUGAUGGAACUCUACAAUCGUUCUAUGUAUCCGAUGACAACCUGAGGAGCUCUCGACGACGCGAUGAUAGCCCGAUGAGUACAGGGAGUCGAGAAUUUCGAUAUGGAAAAAGGGAACGAGAACGAUUGAUGGAAGAAGCGGAUCAGUUUGCGAACCGACUUCGAAGCUGGACUGCGUCACCACAAGUGCGACCGAGCCACCACAGUCGAAGGCCCCGACAGGCUGCACCCUCGCAUAACGUUGUGGAUCAUCAUAGACACUAUGCGGCAUCGCCGACGACUCCGAAGGCUCAUAAGCCAGUACAAGCUUUCGUGCCACGAUCGAACUCGUGUGACAUGAUCGAGUUGGGGUCACCACGACACAGCCGACUCGGAUCCGAUGGACCGAUGAGUCCAUGGGGUCGACGUGGCCGACGUGGAUCGGAUGGACCGAACAGUCCGACAGCUCGAGCCGAAGCGCUGGCCACACUGUCUACACUGCCGGGUGUGCAACACACGAUAUUGUAAAUAUAUAUCUGCAGUACAACUCAAGUUCAUUGAUGGUUGAAGUGUUGGAUUGGGUGUUUGAGAGUCGAAGAGUUGAGACACAUUAGGUAGGUUAUACAGUUCUAGUUUCCUCUAUUUUGUCUUGUCCGGUGAUGCUCUAUACGCAGAGGUCUAUUAUGGUACAUUCCAAAUAGCAGCAUAUUAGAUCUUGCUAUGAUAUGACUUGAGCAGAUGCGGAGAAGUGAAUUUGGACAAUUUUGGAUAAUCGAUUUGGGGCAAUUUCAGUGAGUCUGAAAAGGUCAUUAAAUUUAUUAUCACGUG